CCUGAAGACAGAGCAAAGACCAAGAGAUCCACGUGCCUAUUUUCCCAGACCUAGGGUUACAUCCCCCAACCCAAAGCAAGAAAAAGCCGCCACCCAUUUUCUUCCUUUCAAAUGGUGGCUCACAGCCCCAACCUGUCUGUUUUAGCUUCGGCGAUUCGGAUUUGGCAUUUUCUUAAACUAAACAAAUUUUCUUAAUUUUGUCCGUAGUCACUCAUUUCUUUGUUUGGAUCACAGAAAGAGAGAGAUAGAGAUGGAAAUUGAAAACUCAACCUCCUUAUUAUUCUUGCUAUCACAGGGAAUCAAGGAUGUGAGGCGUCCUCGCAGCCUCGACCAACAGAUGACUCACUCGCGUCCCUUGAUUCUCUGUGAUAAGAAAGAGGUAAUUUGAUUUCAUUUUAUAUGAAGUUUUGUAGUUAAGUUUUGGUCUUUGCACACCCAAUCUUGUGUUUGGAGCAAUGGGGAUUUUGAUGGGUUUAAAAUGGAAUUUAUGGUAAUACAGUAAUAAUUAUUAUUUAAAACUCCCAUGAAGUUUAGUUGAUUUCAUGGUAUUUGAUAAUUACUAAUAAGCAGUAGUAGACUUAUGCCCUGCUCCUCUUUUAGUUUUCUAAAUUCCAAACUAUUCCAAAUGCAUAAAUGAGAUUUCAGUUUCUUUUCCGAAAUUGUUAGUUUUCGCUGUUUUGCUUGUCAGAUAUCCAUCGAGGAUGGUUCAGUGUAUGCUUGUCUUAAAUACCAGCUUUUGCUGCGCAAAUCAUGCGCUGAAUUGCCACCAAAGAUCAAACACCCCUUUCAUCCAACACAUCCUCUUGUGCUCUGCGAUAUCAAUAUGGAAUGUUCUGUUUUGGGCUUCCAUUACUGGUGUGGCUAGUGUCAUACUCUACUUUCAAAUUUGAACUUCACCAGCACUCUCUUGCUUUCUUCAACCAGAACAAGUGUAACAAGGCUAGCGGAAUUCAGUGCAUUUGUACACGGAUACAUUCCCCUUAUUCCGUUGUGUGCCAUGCGAUUUCUCUCUCAAUUUGUGUUGUCAUCCCACAUUACCACAUACAUUUAAACAUAGUUGCCAUGAGCAACAUCCACUCACCCUCACUCGCUCUCCCAUCAAAGACCAUUCAGACGACGACGAUAGCUGGGAAUAUUACUGUGACCUUUGCGAGGAAAGAAGAUACCAGCAAGAUCCAAUUUAUUAUUGUGAGGAAUGCCACUAUGAUGCUCAUAUUAGUUGCGUGUUUGAUGAGAUUCUUCCAUUACUAAAGAGUAAAGACAGAGUGGUCCUUGGCACAAGAUGUAGAGAUUGUAAUGCUUCAAGCAGAGGUAGAUGCACUUACUGCAAAAUCGGGGAUACUAAUAACAAAAUUGUAUGAACUUAAGGAGAAACAUGCGCAACAUAUUAGUGACUACCAAGUUGGGGUAAUGGAAAUGUUGAUUAAAAAUGCGUUUUUAAGUGCCACAAGAGAUGAUCCUGCCAUUGCUAAAGCAAAUAAAGAGAUUAUAAUGCUUCAAGCAGAGGUAGAUGCACUGACAACAAAAUUAGAGACAGUAACAACAAAAUUGGAUGAACUUAUGGAGAAACGUGUGCAACAUAUAAGUGACUACGAAGUUGGGGUAAUGGAAGUGGAGAUUAAAAUUGCAUCAACAUCUGCAAUUGCUAGAGCAGAAGAAGAGAUUAUAGUGCUUCAAGCAGAGGUAGAUGCAGUGACAGCAAAAUUACAGACAGUAACAACAAAAUUGGAUGAACAUAAGGAGAGACGUGAGCAGCAUAUUGGUAUACCUUCCCUGGGCACAAAUUCAUCUUCGGCUGUUCUUGACGACUUUGAUGAGGUGGUUGAAGAAGACUCCAAUGCGGAAAGUGAAGAAGAUCACGAAAGUGAUACCACCCUUGCUGAGCUAAAUAAAGAAAUAGAGGCCAUAACAGCAAAGUUGGAGGCACUCAAGAAAACACGUGCACGCCAUGUCUCAGGUCUAAAACUCAAAUGAGGAGUCUUUUACUAAGGUUUCAGCAUUGAGACACCGUGCUUGGGGUCUCUGCUGUGAUGUUAAGAAAUACAUGCCAUAGACUUCUAUUAUGGGACAUUUUAGUAGUUAUGUCAAGUUGUUGGGUAGUUAGCUUCUGUGAAUCUCCUUGGGGACUUUAACAUGUCAACAUGGGUUUUUUUUUUUUUAACCUAACAUAUCAGCAUAUUGGUACUCAGCAUGUAACCACAAUUACCAUAUAAAAGUAGUGGACAUAUAACACCAUCUUGACUUGGGUA